GAAUUGUUCAGUUCACGCAGCUCGUGCGAGAAAUGGAAAGUAUGGAUAAUGAGGUUGCGCGUCUCCACAGCCAGAUCCGAAGUCAUUACUUGCCUCCCGUCUCCAUCAGCUCCACUGUGGAUACUUCCUUGUAAAUCGGAAACAAUUAUUAAGUGAUAAAGAAAUCUCGAAUAACUAAAGAUGAGGAGAAGAAAAUGCUACCAGUUUAUUGUGAUUGUGUGUGUUCUUAUGUAUGUUUACUAUUUCUUCGGUGUGAGUGACUAUAUGUACACUAAGAGCUUUGAUACAGAGUUCCACUACCCUCUAGAUGUAAACAUUCAGCCAUUGAUCAGCAAGGUGCUCAAUAAUAAGAAGCCGGCGCACCCGCCGAUUAAUGUGUAUCCGUACAAAUUUCUAACAAAUUCAAUAAAAUGUAUGACUCUGGAAAGACUAGACUUGUUCAUCGUCGUCAAAUCGGCGAUGGGUAAUUUUGAUAAACGAAACGGUAUUCGGCAAACUUACGGCCAAGAAAAAUUGAUAAUGGGAAAGAUAGUACGGAUUUUGUUCUUCGUCGGUAUCGAUGACGAGGUUAAAUCACCGCUGCAGAAAAGGAUAGACGAAGAGGUGGCAAUAUUCAAGGACAUCAUCCAGGUGGACUUCCACGACAGUUACUAUAACAAUACGAUCAAGACGAUGAUGUCUUUCCGUUGGCUCUUCGACCACUGUUCGAACGCUGACAACUACUUAUUCACUGACGACGACAUGUAUAUAUCGGUCAAGAAUCUCUUGAAGUACGUUGAUUAUGAAGCGCCGGAGAACCGAAUAGCAAUGCACGGGAGCAAGGGAGACAGGGACUCGGUGAUGUUACACCACGAAGGUCAGAAGAUCAUUUUUGCGGGUUACGUAUUCAAUUCCUCGCCUCAGCGUUUUCGCUCGAGCAAGUGGCACGUUAGCUUAGAGGAGUAUCCGUGGAAUAAGUGGCCGCCGUACGUCACGGCGGGCGCGUUCGUUGUGUCCAACCGUGUUAUGAAAAUAAUGUACGCGGGGAGUUUAUUCGUUAAACAUUUCCGCUUCGACGAUAUCUAUUUAGGUAUUCUGGCGAAAAAGAUUGGCUUAGAACCGACACAUUGCUCUAAGUUCUAUUUCUAUAAGAAGAAAUACAGUGUUGAGGGUUAUCGCGACGUGAUCGCGUCUCACGGCUACGACGAUCCUCAAGAGCUGUACAGGGUUUGGAGUGAACAAUAUUCAUUGUAAAUUUUGAAAGUAAUUACUGUAUUAUAUUCCAAUGGCAGAAUGAGUAAAGGUAAACGAACCGUAGUUUUAAAUAUUCCAUGCGAUUUGCUAAUAGCUCUGCUAUAUUUUGAACUAGAUGUUUCUAAAAUCAACAACAAGUAACGUGUUAACGUCCCACUCCUGGGCAAAGGCCUCCCUUUUAAGGAUGAAUGAGAUGAAUAUAUGUUUAUUCAUAAUACAAAACUAUUGAAUUUAACAACUUAAUACAAGUACUAUAAGACCGUAAUUUUUGCAGUUCCUCCUCCAUUUCGUAGAUUAUUUAUUUUAGAUCUCAACCAGUGACGUCAUUCCAGUUCAAGGUCAACGUUUCUUUAUCUUUACUACUGUCGUUGGAAUAUGCUAUAAAUAGGAAAUUGCCAUAAUAACAUUUGUAAUAUGAGUUGUAACUUUGGAUCUUUUUGUCAUAGAUAUAAGUUGUAAUAGUAAGCUUGAGAAUUUGUUUACAAUUAUAGAAAAAAUCUCUUUUGUUUGUCUGUAUGAUUGCCAAAAAUAUAUUUUAUUUAAAUUAAAUGUAAGGUAAUUAAGUAAGUAUUUGAAAUUAUGUACGGCUAGUGAUUGUCAAAGUAAGGGACACCAUUGAGAGAUCGUUCGAUAAAAAGGUUUUAAGUUGUUUUAUCGGAGUCGUUAUAUAUUUGUUAUUAUGAAUAAGCGUAAUCGAAUAUUGGAAUCUUUUAUUUUUAAGAAAAAAAUAUUUUACAUAAAUUAAGAAAUAUUCUCAUUUUUCCUAGUUACUAAUAAUCCCUUUUUGAUGAUAUUAAAUGUUAACACUAAUUAAUAAACGUUUAAACUGU